UUGUCAUUUCACCCUUGCUCCAUGAAUUUCAAAUUUUCCUAAACCCCAGCCAGCCCUGAGGACACCGGAAUCUUCAGUUACAUCUCGCUACCUAAUUCUCCUCUGGCGCCUUUCCGAUGAGUUCUCAAACCAGGGGACACAGUGGUGAAAAUAAUGGUAUGCAUCCAAUGGAUCCUGGACAACCAGUCAUUGAUGUAGCCCCUCUCCGUUGUGUGCCAUACACUGGUCCUCUUCCAACUUCCAGUCGUGAUGCUUCUCAAUCUCAACCUGGACCUAACGCAGCUUCAUUCCCAAUGGAAAAUGCUCAAUCUUCUACAAACGCCAGCCCUCAGCCUGCAAUGGUUUAUUAUACUAUUGCAACUCUUGAAGAGAGGGCCAAUCUCUUUGCUGCCACCUGUGGUCACUCCAAAGUAGGAAGUUUGCUUACUGGAACUGCUGUAAUGGGGAAAGUGGGACCUCCUAUAGGAGCGGUAGAUAUUUUGGAGUCUGAUACCGAAUACUUUUUUCGUGUCUCACUUCCUGGUGUUGCAAAAGAUGCAGAAAACUUUCGCUGUAACAUUGAACCUAACGGGAAGGUAGAUAUAAAGGGUAUAACAUUGACUGGAGUGCGAGCAGUUUACAAAAAUAACAUGGUAUUCAAGAUGAACACACCGAAUCUGUGCCCACCAGGAAAGUUCACCAUUUCAUUUCAGCUUCCUGGCCCAACUGCAAAUCAAUUUUUGACCACAUUUGGAUCUGAUGGAAUUUUUGAAGCAUCUGUGAAGAAAAGACAGCCAAACGAUUCUUGAUUUGCAGUGGAGCCGAGCUGUCCUUUGGAUUGAAAACCUUUUCCUCGGCAUGCAGAUGGACAAGGACAAGGACAAGGAAAAGAAAAAUUGGGACUACAUUGUGGAGAAAAGUCAUUGUUCUUUUUGAAUGUAUGUUUUGAAAGAUGAUAUGAUAUCCUCAGUGUUGUGUUGUUGUAGAAACCCUUUGAAUUUUAUUUCAGACAAUUCGCAAAAAUUUAGAGUAUUUUCCA